GAAUGAUACUGCUUUCAGUCCGUGUGAGGAGGAAGUCAUACCACAUUUACAGGUACAUAGACUUAAAACAACUGGUAGCCAACAGUGUGAAAUUACCUUUGAGGGCCAACAUGUCAAUAGAUAGGACAAAGUUAUUGUUUGAGGGCUUCCUGCAGAAAAGAAAAGAUACUAUGAAAAUAAGGUGGGUGACAUAUUGGUUCAGGCUUCAAAAUACAACAUUGUUCUUCUAUACGAAGAAGAAUGGCAGUGCUUCACACUUGCGAGGCUAUUACUACAUUUACACCGUGCAGUCGGUGCGAGAGGUCCAGAGAUCUGACAGCAAGCGCAUUAUGUUUGAGAUCAUCAUGACAAAUGGAAAGAGAAAAGUGUUGGCAGCAGAGACUGCAGCUCUCAGGAAGGAGUGGGUAGGACACCUAUGGCAAGCCAUGCAUCUUUCUGCCUCUGGAGUUUCAGACUCUAAAAACAUACACUUUGAAAUGUGUGAGCAGCGAGAGAGAAUAAACAGCAGUGCACCCAACAGCUCACACAGUGACAGUUUGAUGGAGUUGCUGCCUGCUCGGCCCCACUCUGCCCCUGGCCCUACAGGCCAAAUGCACCAUGCGAUCUCUGCCUGUGGCCCCACAGGCCAAAUGCACCAUGCGAUCUCUGCCUCUGGCCCCACAGGCCAAAUGCACCAUGCGAUCUCUGCCUCUGGCCCCACAGGCCACAUGCACCAUGCGAUCUCUGCCUCUGGCCCCACAGGCCACAUGCACCAUGCGAUCUCUGCCUCUGGCCCCACAGGCCACAUGCACCAUGCGAUCUCUGCCCCUGGCCCCACAGUCCACAUGCAGCAUGAGAUUAGGAGCAUCGCCCCCCCUAUCUGCCUGUCUGAAGAGCUGAACAGUAAGGGGACCACGUACCAAAACACACCGCCACCCUGUAACUACCAGCAUCACAGUGGUGACAGUCUCAACAGUCCUCAAUGGUCCAGUAGGUUGAGCAAUGCAAAGGGAAGUGGAGAAGGAGACUACGACAUUUUACCACUUAGAAAAAAGAUAUGUGAGAGCAACGCUUCAACAGAGAUGGACGAGGACGUGUAUGACUUUCCUGUCUCUUACAGGAGGGUUUCUCAACCUCCAGACCCCACGGAGAGCAUCUAUGAUGUACCAAGCUCUCUCUUAAGGAAGAUCUCUGAUCACACAGAGGAGCAGAUGGAGGACAGACCACUGGAGGAUAUGAGGUCCAGUUUGAGGACAAAAGUGAUAGACUGGAGGGUAGCAGCAGUCCCCUUCUGACUCACCAGACACAAGACUGUGCACAGAAGACUGUUGCUGCCUAAUAAAU